AAUUUUCGGGAGUCAGCAGAAACAUUGUAUCCAAAAAAGACAAAGUCGCAGUUACUACAGCACCGAGGAGAUUGUCCCUGGAAAACUUCUUUCGGUUUAUUUCAUUUGAGACUCCAGGCUUAGGCUUGGAGACCCCAACCAUCACCAUUGAGCCCAGCAGCUGGAGCGGCAGCGAGAGUCCUGCCGAAGAUAUUGAAAGAAUGAGUGAUUCUGCAGAUAAACCUAUUGACAACGAUGCAGAAGGUGUCUGGAGCCCUGACAUUGAACAGAGCUUUCAGGAGGCUCUAGCUAUCUAUCCACCGUGUGGGAGGAGGAAAAUCAUCUUAUCAGAUGAAGGCAAAAUGUAUGGUAGGAAUGAAUUGAUAGCCAGAUACAUCAAACUUAGAACAGGGAAGACACGGACCAGGAAGCAGGUGUCUAGUCACAUACAGGUCUUAGCAAGAAAGAAAGUUCGAGAAAUUCAAGCCGCCAUUAAGGUGUCUAGUCACAUUCAGGUUCUUGCCAGAAGGAAAUCUCGUGAUUUUCAUUCCAAGCUGAAGGUAACAAGCAUGGAUCAGACAGCAAAGGACAAAGCACUCCAGCACAUGGCAGCAAUGUCAUCAGCUCAGAUAGUCUCAGCUACUGCUAUUCACAACAAACUGGGCCUGCCAGGAAUUCCCCGUCCUACAUUUCCUGGGGCACCUGGGUUUUGGCCGGGCAUGAUUCAAACGGGGCAGCCUGGAUCCUCACAAGAUGUAAAGCCAUUUGUUCAGCAGGCCUAUCCUAUACAGCCAUCAGUCACAGCUCCCAUUUCAGGAUUUGAGCCUACGUCAGCUCCAGCUCCAUCAGUCCCUGCGUGGCAGGGCCGAUCAAUCGGUACGACCAAGCUCAGGCUGGUAGAGUUUUCAGCUUUCCUUGAACAGCAGAGGGAUCCUGAAUCAUACAACAAGCACCUCUUCGUGCACAUCGGGCACGCCAACCACUCCUACAGCGACCCCCUGCUCGAGUCCGUGGACAUCCGCCAGAUCUACGACAAGUUUCCUGAGAAGAAGGGUGGGCUGAAGGAGCUGUUCGGGAAGGGGCCCCAGAACGCUUUCUUCCUCGUCAAGUUCUGGGCUGACUUAAACUGCAACAUUCAAGAUGACACAGGAGCAUUUUAUGGAGUCACUAGUCAGUAUGAGAGCUCAGAAAACAUGACAAUCACCUGUUCCACCAAAGUCUGCUCGUUUGGGAAGCAAGUAGUAGAAAAAGUAGAGACUGAAUAUGCAAGGUUUGAGAACGGCCGGUUCGUGUACAGGAUAAAUCGCUCUCCCAUGUGUGAAUAUAUGAUCAACUUUAUCCACAAGCUGAAGCAUUUACCGGAGAAAUACAUGAUGAACAGCGUCCUGGAAAACUUCACCAUUUUACUGGUGGUAACAAACAGGGAUACACAAGAAACCCUGCUCUGCAUGGCUUGUGUAUUUGAAGUGUCGAACAGCGAACAUGGAGCACAGCAUCAUAUUUACAGGCUUGUAAAGGACUGAGCAGUUAUUUAUAUAUACACUUCAUUUCACUUCUUUAUCAAAACACAGACUGUAAACCUCAACACUAAGUGGCAGUGCCUCUGGCCCGACUUUCACAUUUUUCUAAAGCCUGUUUCAGUGAAGUCAUUUUUAAUGUGUUCAUAUAUAAUUGUAGCUGUGAAAUUCUGGUACAGUUGUAAAAAUUAUUUCUAAAACUUAAGUGUUCUUCAAAUUUGUAAACGGCAGUUCUUUUGGGAAGACUGUAUUUAAGAACCUGACGCCUCUGUCUGUGGAGGCAUAUUUUUAAUGCUGAUAGAAAAAUGUAUGAGAGAGCAUUUGCCAUGGGGAAAAACUGACAGCAUUUCUAAGAAUUUAUUUUGGUUUGGGUUUGGUUUUGGUUUGGUUUUUUUUUUCCCCUCGUGAAAUACUUGUUUUACGAUGCAAGUGAAAUUGAAAUGAAUCUUUAGCUAUAACUGUAAAUGAGUACACAAAGCGAAUAACCUUUAGAUGAUUAUCUUUGUAACGAAUUAGGAUGGAAGCUAUGGACGAAUGUAAUUCACUAAAUUAUUUUUUAAAAGGAAGCAUUUUUCUGUUUGAAACCAAAUGAAAAACAGAGCCUUAAGAAAUUGCCUGAUAGAAACAGACAGGACCUAAAAUUAGGCAAAUUUUGUAUUUUUUUUCUCAACACUGAAACUAAUCUUCUAAUCCAUUAAACUUUCAGACAGGUAUUGCAGAGAAAGAAAACAGCAUCCCUUUAUCCCUAACGUAUCUAGUGUAUUUUAAAAAGAGUAUAAAGUUGUAUUGUACUAAUAUGAAAAUUUGAUUAUUUAAUGAAAAAAGAUGGCUCAUUUUGCAAUAAGUAGGUAAAUACUGAAGAUUUAGACUUGCAUUAUAUGUAGUCUUGUGUGUGCAGUUAUAUUUUAUACGGACAACUAUGUUUUCUAAUAAGUUGAGCGCAAAACUUGCAACUCUGAAAGGAACAGAUGAAUGGAAACAUCUGACACUGCAACAGCAUGGAGUAGUUUGCAAACUGAAAGCAAAACACUGAUGUGUUUGGAAGAAGAAGAUGUAGACCUCUGAAAGGAUCAACAGCUUUAAUAUCUAUGAGAUGCUAGAAAAUCACAACCAAGAUCAGGCAAAGAAGAUUGGGAAGUGGAGAUUUUUUUUCUCCUUUUCCUCUUUCUCAUGGUGCUUUUACACCUCUCCCAGUUGUCUCUCCAGUUCCAGCUGGCAAAGACCUUACAUGCGACAACCAUGUGAGUACCACGUGGGGUCUGAUGUCCUUCUGCAUCUAGAUGUGGUAGUAUUCAUCCUUCAGGUAUAUUCAGGGAAGACUCCAGGAAGUAAAGUACAGCUGGAGAUAUUUUAAUGCUGUAAGGAUUCGAACCAUGGAUGUAGGUGUGAGUGAUUGUCUGAGGUACACACGUAAAGAGAAAUCUCAUUCCUCCUGGCCAUGCCAGCGUGUUGCUCUGCUGCACACCCAGCACUGCCCUUCAGUUGUCCAGGCAGCAGUUGUUUCAGCAGCUGCUGGGCCAGCAGUAGGCGCUUAUGUGAAACAUUUGUCUGAAAGGCUGAGGGCUGCCCAGCCAAGCACAAGCCACCUUAAAGAUCAGUUGUGAGGUGUCAGCAAAGAGAGUUCACGGGAAGUUUUUUUUUUCCAGUCCUGAGUCAAAGAAGUUAACAUUUAGCAGGUCCCUUCUCCCUACACUUUACUGAUCCAUGUCCAUGCACAAUUUAAGUCCAGAAUUGACUCCCAGGCCCAGUGCUGUAGUCUUUAAGAGAGUCAGUCUUAUUUUUUUAUGCUCUAUUUCUGCACAGUGCUUGCUGUGCAAUUAUCAAGACAAGCAUAUAGCCUAGAUGAGGUAGUGGGCUGCUCUAUGUCUGCGUCAGAUCAUGUUCAUACCUAACACUGGUGAAGACUCAGGUUAGAGGAUGAUACAGACAUCACUGAGGGGAAGGGUGACUGCUGAAAUUCCUUAGCCUGCCUCUGAUCUAGCUCCAGGUCACCUCUAGCAGGUGGCUCAUUGCUGAGAUGUCUAGCUGUUACCUUCUUGUGGAUAUUAGGGCUGAUGAUCUUUCAGUUUAUAUUCUGUGAACUGAACAGAGGAAUAUGUCCAUGGUAAGGUCUCUUUUAACGCUAAUUUUUAACACUGACAAAUCACAUCAGGAAAAGCACUGCAUUGUAACAGCCUAACGGUAGCCCUUUACUCUAAGCACUUGGUGUUACAAGUCAAAAACUACUUUUUUUGUUGUAUUUUGUUCAAAAGUUGUUUUUUUUAUUUAGGGUUUGAAUUGUGGUUUUGGUGAUUUUAAUUGUUUUUUUAAUGACAAAGCAAACUCUUUGAGGCAUAUAAAGUAUGUAAGUGAAUCUGCAAAACCAGGUACAGUCUCUUAAUAGAAUCUGGCACACUACAUAUGCCAUGACUCUAGGAUAUAAAAAGUCACAAUGUUUAUUGGUGUUCACAUAUGUAAUGCUAGGGAAACUACUUCCAUCGUCUUUUCUUUACACUUCUGUAAAUGAUCCAUACCCUAUAUAUGUUAAUUCUUAAAAGCCUUAAUCCUUCAACUAACUGUUCAGUGUGGGGUGUGUAGUCCAACAGGCUGCCUGUAAACUGUGAGCUCUUUUGUAAGCUGGAAGUACUUAUCUUGUUACUGUUACUUUUUUGUAGGAACCUUUUAAUUGAGCUGCCAAAGCAUUACAAUAUGCAGUGCCUUAGCAUUAUAUUAGAAGUACCUUUAGCCUCUUAACAUAAAUUUUAUAUAUUGUUUUACUAAUUGGUUCCAUUUUUUUUAAAUACCUGUAUUUUUUCCCCACAGAAACACGCUUUGACUGCUUGGUCUAAACCAACCUUCUGUAAGUCAGUGUCAUUACUACGCAGUUAAAUGCCUAUACCAAAAGGAAAGGUUACAGAGUCUUAGUUCUCCCUGAAAAGUGAAUUGUAUUAAUAAAUGCUGCCUUUUUAAAUUUCAUGACCAAAUAAUUAAUUGUGACUCUUCUGCACUCUAGCAUGAAAGUGCCUUUGGUUUGAAAUUCCAGCUUAGAAAAGUGCUGCCAUAAUGACAAUUUGUAGAGAGACCAAAAAUAUUUAGUUAUCACCGUAAUGCCUUUGGUUUAUUGGAAUAAGUUGAAUCUACAGGCCUCCAUUCACUAAAAAGCACCAUUCAUAGCAAGGCAAUUUUGCUAGUGAUCAGCCUGCUGAAGAAUAAUCUACUGUUUGCCAUUUCUGACAGCAUUGCAAACCAGCAACUGAUUUGUUUGUGACAUAAAAGUGAAAAUGAUUCACGUUUAUAUUCUCUUCAUCCUGUCAUGCGUCUGCAUAACAAGAGAUCCAUGUACUGCAGAAUUUCAGGCAGUGGACAAAGGUGACUUUAUUGUUCUCCUUUAAUGAUAUUUUUAUAUCUGUGAAGAUGAUUUUUUUGUUUAGACAAGAGAUUUUGUUUACACUGAAAGUCAGAUGCAGAAAUCAAGAAGAAAAUGGAGAGCAGAGAAUAGCUUGGGUAAACGCAAUUGUGUGCUCGCUCAUAAGCGUUGAGAUGUUGAGCGUGAAGCAUUGUGGAGGAAGGUGCUGUUAGAGGAACUCUGGCCAGCACGAUUCAAAACACAGGGUUGUUUUAUUUUGGUUUUGUUGUUUUUUUUCUCCCAGAUAAUGUCUAGGAAAAAAAAGCGACUAGCUCCUCUUACUAUUGUCUGUAUCUCAUAUCUUCUGUGAACGGGGGCCAUACUGUACACUGCAACUGAAACUGAUGAGAAGAGGAGCAGGAUUUUAAGGAAACAAUGUUAGAAACAAGAAAUAUCAGCAAAACCAAAAGCUGUCAGAGGGAUUAUAGAGUUGUGAAUACAAUUUUACCUUGAUUUUUAAAAUAUUUGCUGAAAACCAAGAUUAACUUUUUAUAUAGAGGAAUAUUGUGACACUAUGUGGUAAAUAUUGUGAUAAUUCAAGUUCCCUGUCUCUCAAAUAUUAUUUUUGUUAUUCCUUCAAGUUCUAAAUCUCACUUACCUCUAUAAGACAAGUAAUCCUGUUGAAUUCAAUGAGACUGAGGUAGGGCAAAGGCACUUUUGCCCCACAGGCAGAGCAUAUCCUUUCGGUUACUACCAAACCUUUCAGCUGUACUAGUCAACAGUUGUGAUAAACCACACUUCUGUCUCGUUAAAAUACUAAACCAAGCAUAAUGGUACCAUUUGGGGCUGUCAAAAUUACUACUAACAAAUGUAGUUUUACUUACUUGAAUUCCAAAAUGAUCUCGUCUAGGUACUGCACCACUAUUGUGAAGGAAUUGCAGAUACAAUGCCUAUUGCUCACCUUCCCUUUCUACCACAGCUACAGCUCAGUAAGGUUGGCAGUAGCUUCUUCCGUUACAACCUGCACAGUAAUAGGCUAUUUGAAAUAAUGAAGGGUGUACAUUAAUGUUGAAUGUAAGUAACUGGCCAGCUCCAGGCAGAUACAACAUUUGACGUGCUAAUCCAUACCUAUUUAUUUUCCCACUGCAAGUCCUAGGCCAUACUUGCCUUCUGAAGCAGUUCCCCUCAUCGUUCUCCCAGAUCACUCAGUCACACUGAGAAACCUUUGUCCCCCCUUUAUUGACCCAUUCUGAUACACUUACCGGUCACACAGCAGAUGUGCGCAGUGGAGUCCACUUUUGUACUUUUCUCAGGAUGAUCUCUUUUCCCCCUGCUUAUCUUUCAUAAGGAGAUGUUUAGCCCCCUAAAAAAGAUUGAGGCUGGAUAAGUCAAAGUACAAGGAACACUUUGGUUAUCUUAAUCAUUUAAUCUUUUCAGGUCAUUCUCACUGAGAUCAUGUAAUUAGUUUUAGUGUGUAAAUUAAAUCUUAAAUGCACUCAGCUGACUAAAAGGAGAUGGAUCCCUGUUACCUCCUUACAGAAUAUGUGUUUUGGUUUUGUUUUGUUUUUUAUGGGCCUCUGAUUCAGGCUCAUGACUGCAGACAAAAAAUACAAUAUGUGCCUGAAAAAAAAAAAAAGACAAAAGAAUUUUAUAACAUUGAAAACCUGAAUAGCCUUUAAUUCUUCAGUACCUUUUAUGUAAAACAGGUUGGGUUUUGGUUUUGUUUUGGGGUAAUUUUUUUUUUUGCCAUGUGCAUUUGUUCACAUUUGUAAAUGACUUAAUGGAAUUCUCACUUUAUGUUUAUUUGUGUAAUGUGUAUAAAAUGGGUUUGUGACUUAAGCAUAUUCAUAUAUGGUCAGUGGUUACUUUAAUAUUGUACUGCUGCUGGUAACUUUUGAUGUAGAACUUGCCUUUUGAUGAUAAAGUACCUCUAGGUUAGACAGCGAGGGAAGGCUCUUGGGAAAAAAAAGUGAAUGUUCUCCAAUGUUUUCUUAACAUAUUUGCAGAAGCUUUCAAAAGGAGUUUCAGUCAAACCUCUUGGCAGUACAGUAUUCUUGUAUUUGUUAUUGUCUGUGUGUAGGUACUGGUACCUUUCUUUUUUUUUUUGUUUUGUUUCAAAUGUUUUAAGUGUUGGCUUUAAAGUGAAUUUAUCUUUAGUAUGAUAGUAAUAUGAAAAUUAUAGGUUUUGUGUGCAGAGAAUUUUUUUAUAAAGUGCUUUGUAAAAAAAAGGAAAAAAAAAAUAAUGUAUUCUAGCUUUGGCGGUACAUAUGUGUGAUAACUUUAAUAUCCAUGACAGUUAAGUGCAAUUAUUUCAUCACUCUAAAAAUGCUAUUUUUGUGUCGGUUACUGCAGGUGUUUUCAUGUCUUUGCAAAGUGACACAUUUUGAUGCCUUCUUGAUAAAGUGGUAGAAUUUUUGUAGCUUUCUAGAAACUUUGUAUUCAUACAGUAUCGAUUGAAAAUAAAGAAAAUGAAAGUGGUUUGUGCAUUGA